AUGAAUCUACAAAAGCUUAUUUCUACUAGAGAGGGCCAGCGUCGUCUUAUUUCUAUACAACUGGAGAAAUUCAACAACGAGUUGUCACAGUCGGAGAAGACAGCCCUGCUCGAAAUCAUGGAGGAGAAGGCAGAGAUCAUCAAGAAUCUGAACGAGAAGAUUGUAAAUCAUCCAGAUGUUGAAGAUUUGGAAACAGAACUGGUAGAUAGUGAUGAAUAUUCCAUUGACUUACGUUUGAAACUACGGAAACUGAAGGAGGACAUCACGAAGUCUAGUGACACUAAUAACGGCAGUGUGAUCCGUGAUUCGCAGGAUUUUAACGGUAGUGCUAGAACUGUAUCAGACACUGCAUCUACCGCCAUAGCAGGUUUUCCACUGACUAACGCAAAUUAUCAGAAAGCUAUAGAUUUGUUACAAGAAAGAUUCGGACAAUCUCACAAGAUUAUAGAUACUUACAUGCAGUCGCUUCUAGAUCUGCCGAUUCCAGACAACAGCGUGGCGAGUCUACGCAGAUUUCAUGACAAAAUGGAGAAUUACAUCCGGGGAUUAGAAUCUUUAGGUGAAUGUCAGAACUCUUAUGGAGAUUUACUUGUACCUAUAAUCAUGAAAAAACUUCCUGCCGAAUUACGACGGAAUUUAGCGCGAGAACACGGAAAUGCACGAUGGCAACUGCAAGAUUUGAGACCAGCUAUAGCCAGAGAAAUUAACAUUUUAGAAGUGGAUCAGACCGACGACAAUAGAGAACCACACGUGCCAACGGCGUCUUUAUUCACUGGAACCGGAAAGAAAAAAUACAUAACAAAAAAUCAUCCGCGCACGAUUAACAGUGAUAACAAUAAAUCAAAGAAACUGUGUCUAUUCUGUGGAGAUCAACAUACGUCCCUAAACUGUGAAAAAGUGAAAACCCUUGAUGAAAGACUUUCUAUCGUAAAAUCUAAACGCCUAUGUUACAACUGCCUGGGAAAACACCAAGUUUCGGAUUGUCGUUCCAAAUUCCGGUGCAGAAAUUGUCAGCGAAAACAUCACUCCAGUAUUUGUGACCAACCAUCAUCUGUGCAAGGUUUGAAUCCAAGUGCAUCGCCGUUCGUGAGUUCUACUUCCGGUCCAACGGGAACACCGGGAACCGCUAUUCAACUUCAUUCAACUACACAUCAAAGGUCGAAAGUUCUACUCAAGACUGCAGUCGCUCAAGUAAGUUCACAAGAUGAUAUUACAACUGCUACAAACAUAUUAUUAGAUGAAGGCGCGCAGAGGUGUUUUAUUACAGAAGGGCUUGCUGAGAAACUGAAAUUAAAACACACCGGUUCGGACACUAUAUCUUUAGCAUGUUUUGGUGGCAAAUCAGAACAGUGUCGUUAUAUACCCACGGGCAGAGUGUUUCUACACGUCGAACAGGGAGAACCAUACCGCUAG